AUGGAGUUGAGACGCACCGCCCAGGGCAGUCGACAGUCAGGACUGCAGACAUGUCAAAAGCUUGUCACAACUUUGCGGCUGAUCAAGCGUGUCGGUCUGUAUCUGCAACAGGAAUUAAUUACUGUAGGCCAGACUUUGCAUAAUCAUAAAAACUGUCGGCCUGCAACUUCUGGAUCAGACGGCACGGUCUCACAGACACUCGAUGCCAGACUCGUCGAUCAUGCCACACCUCCAAGCGAGGUCGGACGAAGAGGACAGCAAAUUGCUCCGGUUGCCCCGGUUACUUCGGUUGCCGUCCGUCUGGGCGUCAGGCUAAGUGGUGCUGGCCAGGACUGUUGGUCAGCCGGACAGCAGAUACAGCUUUCCGUCGUGAUGCCAGCGUUAGCUUCGCGCAAAAUCAAUGCACAAUCCGAGGUCGCCAGACGACGGAACUUCGAGGAUGGCUCUUGGUACAGGCAAGAUCCGACUGAACGCAAAAGCACCAGCCAGACAGCUGGAGGACAGGACCAGCUAGGAUGA